GCACGCGCGCGCGCUCCCCGCGGAACUCCGGCGGCGCGCCCGAGCCGCCGCGGCCAGCGCCAACAUGGCCGAGACCAGCGAAGAGGUGGCGGUGCUGGUGCAGCGGGUGGUGAAGGACAUCACCAACGCCUUCAGGAGGAACCCGCACAUAGAUGAAAUUGGGCUGAUCCCAUGUCCUGAAGCUAGAUAUAACCGGAGUCCCAUAGUCCUGAUUGAAAACAAACUUGGUGUGGAGAGCUGGUGUGUCAAGUUCCUUUUACCAUACGUCCACAACAAGCUCCUUUUGUAUAGAAUGAGAAAACAAUGGCUGAACAGAGAUGAAUUGAUAGAUGUCACAUGCACAUUGCUGCUUCUAAACCCAGAUUUUAGCACAGCAUGGAAUGUGAGGAAAGAGCUGAUCCUUUGUGGCACUUUAAAUCCAAUUAAAGAUUUACAUCUGGGAAAAUUGGCCUUAACUAAGUUUCCAAAGAGUCCAGAAACAUGGAUUCACAGGCGAUGGGUGCUACAACAGCUAAUUCAGGAAACCUCCUUGCCUUCCUUUGUAACCAAAGGAAACCUGGGAACAAUUCCUGCGGAAAGGACGCUGCGGCUAAUACAAGAAGAGAUGGAGGUCUGUGGUGAAGCAGCAGGAAGAUACCCAAGCAACUAUAAUGCCUGGUCCCAUCGCAUCUGGGUUUUACAACACUUGGCUAAGCUAGAUGUCAAGAUUCUUCUUGAUGAACUGUCUUCUACUAAACAUUGGGCAUCGAUGCACGUUUCAGACCACAGUGGAUUUCACUACCGCCAGUUUUUGUUAAAAUCUUUGAUUAGCCAAACUGUGAUAGACAGUUCUGUAUUGGAGCAAAACCCUUUGAGAAGUGAACCAGCCCUACUUCUUCCAAAAGAUGAAGAAGCGGCAGUUUCAACAGAGGAACCAAGGAUAAAUCUUCCUCAUCUUCUAGAAGAAGAAGUUGAAUUCAGCACUGAUCUUAUUGAUUCCUACCCAGGACAUGAAACCCUUUGGUGUCAUAGGCGGCAUGUUUUCUAUCUUCAGCAUCAUUUACAUGGUAGGUUUACUCACAGCAUAACCCAGUUGUCACCUGCAGACAGCCCUGGGGGAACUUUGAGUGACUUGCACCAUAUCCCAGCAGGCCCCCAAUUGUCUCAGGCCAUGGAAGUGGAUGGACUCAAUGACUCAAGCAGGCAAGGCUAUUCCCAGGAAACUAAACGCCUAAAGCGGACCCCAGCUCCAGACUCCCUAGGCCUAGAAAUGGAACACAAGUUCAUUGAUCAAGUGUUAUCCACCUGCCGGAAUGUAGAGCAAGCCAGGUUUGCCAAUGCAUACAGGAAAUGGCUGGUUACUUUGAGUCAAUGAUAGAGGUGGAUUAGUCCUAUAGAGUUCCCCUUCUAGUGCAAUAUUGUUUUCCUUACAGUUGCAUGAACUGUUUACUAUUAUUGACUAACCUUUUUCUUCAUCUUUCGGUUAAAAGUCCAUAGUAAAUCUUUCAUUUUAUUUAUUUUGUUAAGUAUUGGCAUUCCUUUGGGGAUAAAAGAAUUGUGUACUUCUUUUCUGUUUAACACUGAGUCUUAAGUUUUCUUUUGAACUUCUCCUUCUGUAUAUUUCUAUAAGUGAGGCUUCUCAUUUGGUUCUUCUAAUUAGUCCACACACACCUUCACCCACCUCAGUACAAUUGCUGCAUAGGCAAAUUAUUUUAAAAAUUUAUAUUGUAAUUCAGCUAAAGAAUAUUAAUGCAAAUGCAGAGUGAUUUGAUGUAAUUAAUAUCAAAUAGCUAGGUGGAUGGAUAUGUGAAAAUGAAAACCAGUUCUCUUCUCGAGUAUGUUCUACUUAAUGUAUGGACUAACAUAACCAAAGUCAGAAGUAUUGGAAUUUAUAUGAAAAAAUACAUCCAAUAUAACCCAUUUUUAAAAUGAUUAUUUUUUUAAAAAAUCCUAAUUUAAUUGUUUAUGUAAUUGCAGUACUGAGAAAUUAUUUUUAUUACUAGUUUUGAUAGAUUGUUUUUACCUCAAAUUUGGUACAUGCCAAAACACUUGUCAGCCCUUAUAAAAUUGAUUUUUUAAAAAAGCCUGGAAUGCCAUUUUUAGUUAUUACUACUAUUUUCCUUUCAAAUUCACUUAUGAAGCAUGGGAGAAAUAUACAUAGAAAUGUAUCACUAAAAUUCUUUCUUGUUAGAAAUUUAUUGAGGAAAUACUAGAUAAACCACAAAAUUACUAUAAAGCAACUAUGUAAAAGUUUACUGGCAAAAGCCAGGGAAAAAUAAUACUUUUGAAGAUUAGUUCUUCAGUGUUUAUUUUAGAAACAUUACACUUUAAUACUGAACUUAUCAGGGACAAGGUACCAAAGUAUCCGCAUUGUAGCUAUAUCUUUUCAAUACCAAGGGCUGAGUUUUUCAGGUCUGUGAAGUGGGGUUGGGGAAAGGGCCAGGUAAUGUCUACUUUCUUAUUAUGUUUCCUCUUUUGUAAAUGGUCUGUGUUUCUCCUCUCCACAUCUUCCUUAUUUAUUUUAUCAAACCAUUCCCUUUCCUUUGGUCACUUUCACUUUUGUAUGAUUUUUCUCAUCUGUCUUAUUUCAGGGAUGUGUCCUGAAGAUAUUCUCCUUAUUUGCAGUAAUUUCAUACCCCAUCUAAGAUAUACACACAGGAAAUAACAAGAGCUGCCCCUCUAAAAGUUAUUCCAGUGAUGGAAACUGUUCUAUAUGUGUUUAGAAUGUGGCAGAAAAAACUGUGACCAACUUGCUUUUGCCUGUUCUCCUAUUUACUUGUUAGGUAAACUUUAAGGUGGGAAGAAAGAUGUGUGGAAAGGCAAACCUCUUCUGUCUCACUAUUAUGGAAAGGCUAGACUUAGGUUAGGUGCAUUGUCAUAAGAAGGAAAAAUAGGUUGUUUACUUGGGCAUCACGGUUUUGUUGACUGGCAGUCCGUUGAACUGAGUGAGACUUAAGAACACCAGAAAAAUUAUAUAGCAUGGCCCCAGUAGACAGAAGUUGCUCUUCUCUCUUGGGGCAAAGGGAAUACUCUAUAGCUUAUUUAUUCUAUUUAGAGGAGAAGAUAAUUGCCAUUAUGAACAUAAUUCCAUGUCCCUUUGUGUACAAAGUGUAUUUUAAAACAAAUACCUCAAGGUCCACCCAGACCUCUAUGAAUAAAAUCAUUAGUUUAUGACUCUUAGCUCCUGUCAGGGUUGGUGGGAAAUUACAAAGAUGACGUGGGAGGUUCAAUUCAUUCCAUUAAUACAGAUUGCCAAAUUCUGACCUCACUCUGAAAUACCUUUUUUCGAAGCAUCAUGUUUAGUAUCCUAAGUAAUAGGGUUUAAUAUGAGGAAGUGUCAGGACAUGAGUAUAGACAACCCUGUCAGUUUUAAUAGUGCUCCAAGUCUUUUUGUAUCUUCUGCUGAGUAUCUUGCCCAUCUUUGUUGUUAACUAUGUUUGUAUCUUCUAAGGCUUUUAACCUACUCUUUUCUGAAGCCAUGCAGUCCUUGAAUAUAUCUUGGUCUCUUGCCUUCCUAAUAAAGUUUUAAGUAGGGAGUGAAAAUAUCCAAAGGAUACUGUUAGUAUAUGACUUUUGUGUGCUACUUUAUUUUUAAAAUUUGCAUUUUUCAAGUUUUCAUUAACAGGAAACCCUAGUAUUGCCCCAUAUGGUUGUAGUUUUUUUCCCUAUGUGGUCAAUAUUUAAAUUCAUAAGGUGUAGCAUAAUAUCUUUGACUCAAUGAACUCAUCAGUGGAAAGGCUAUGUCUGUUUUCAGGGGCUUGUUAGUCUUCAUGCAUUUUUCUAUAAAUACCUAGUUGUUAAAACGAAAAGAUGGUUUAAAUUAAAACACAUUUCAUUAAACUUUUCACUGGAAGAGUAGCAGGUCAUUGUCCCAUCCUGUGGAUUAAUACUACUACUGACAAGCCAAAACAGUAAGAUCUGUAACUAUCUCCAUUAUUGCCCUUGUCCCUCCUUUUUUUUUAAGUAUACCUAUUUUGGUAAUAUGGUGUUCCCAGAUUCUAUUUGUACCUUGCACAUUGUGAGGACUCGUUAAAUAUUUAUUAAGUUAAUGAUUGUUUGAAGAAGAGAAAGAUCGGUUGUAAGUGAUAGGUGAAGUGAGUGAUGAUUGAAAAACUGAUGAGUUAGUGCACUGGAUCAUGAAUGAAUGAUGCUUUCUGGCUUCAUACUUGGGGAGAGCUAUUGCAUGUAGAAUAAGUUCCUUUAGUUCUUUUUCUUCAUUUGAUUAAUUUGUUUAAAUUUGUUAAAUCUCAGCCAAAUGUGUUGCUCUAUAAUUAUCAAUUAACUGUACUUAAAUAUACACUAAAAAUUCAUAGAGCUAAUGAAGCCCACUUGCGUUAAGAACACUACUUUCCGUUCACUGUUGGUAUUAGAGAUCUUACACACAGAGCCAGUGCCACGUUUGGUCAUUUGCAGAAAUUCUUUGAUUCAGUGACGUGUUGAUCUGUACACGUGGAUAGUCAUUUUAUGCUUCUUUUUGCCUCCCAACCCAAACUGUGGACCUUUUAGUUAUUUCUUAAAAUACAUGAGUCUUUGUUUAAGCAUAAGCAUUUUUUGUUGUUGUUGUUUAUUUUUGAGAUAGCAUCUUACUUUGUUGCACUCAGUAGGGUGCCCUGGCAUCAUAGCUCACUGCAACCUCAAACUCAAGGGCGCAAGUGAUCCUCUUGUCUCAGACUCCCGAAUAGCUGGACUACAAGUUGCCCACCACAAUGCUUGGCUGUUUUUAGAGACAAGGUCUCGCUCUUGCUCAGGCUGGUCUCGAACUCCUAAGCUCAAGCAGUCCACUCAUCUUGGCCUCCCAGGGUGCUAGGAUUUAUGGUCUUGAGCCACAGUGCCACCGUGCCUGGCCCUAAGUGUAAGCAUUUGAUACAUGUUAGCGUUCUCUUUGUCUUUUCUAGAUGUUGCAUUUUAUUACCUUUUAAAAACUCUGGGCCCUUGCUUUCAGUCAGAGUUCUUACUCCUAUGGUGCUUGUAACUUAAAGGCAUCAUAAAUUAUUAGGAUUAAGUGUAUACGGGUUAUCAGUAAAAGACACUUAAAUCUUUAAAUAAGGACUUCCAUGACACAAAAUGUGGAAACAGAAGUUUUUUUGUUUCUAUGCAGCAGUUUUUAAGAAAGCGUGUUUGAUAGACGUUGUUGUUUGCAUAUGUUGAUAUGCUCAAGUCAUGCCAAUUCAAGUUUGUUGGGUCACACAGAUUGUGUGUGUGUGUGUAAACUUUUAAUUGUGAUGAACAAAUUGUCUAUAAUUUUCUCUUAUGUAACACAGAUGGUAUCCUGAUUAGAAGUGCAGCUAUCACCUACUGUACCACAGUCCUGUCACUACCUUAGUUCUCUUGAACUAUAGAAGAUAAAAGUUUAGUUGUACAGUGUAACCUGGCUUAUUGUACCCUCAAUGAAUCCCCAACAAUAAAAAAAAAAUAAGUUUAGUUGUAAAAAGAAGUAACAUAUGAUCUUUUUCCCUUUUUUUUUUUACAAAAAUCUGUUUAAGUUUAUUGUUAAUUUGUUACUAGAAAGAUAUGUUUAAAACUUUAAGAUACUUAAAGUGUGUUAGAAAUUUUGAACAGCAUUAUAAAAACAACCUUUUUUCUUUGGGAAAAACUUUUCAGAUAGAGCUGUGCAAACCCUAGUACUUCAUGUGCUGCCACCUCCCAUGCUCAGGUGUGCUCUGUAAUGAGCUCCUAUUUAAUGGAGAAGUGUGUGGAGGCGCUGGAAAGUUUAGGCAAACUCAGUGUCAUGAGGGAAAUGAUCAAGAAAAAACCCCAAGAAUUCUACUUACCGUCACACAGUAUCUUUUAAAAAAUAACAGUAUGUACUGCGUCUAUUCGAGUGUCUUUCUUGUUUUGGGGGGGAGCAAGACUAUCUUUUAACAUUUCAGUAGGACUCAAGGGGACAGAAGUUUUAUCAGUUUAUUGUGGCCCAUUUUUUUUUUUUUUAUUCUCAUUGCUAGGCAUGGUCCUAUGAGGUAUCUUAUUCUACAAUGAGAUACUGAUAUAAGUAGGCAGGAUGCUUUGAUAUAUAUUUCUUAAGUUAUCAUUUUUAAGCACCCCACCAAGAAUUAGUUCUUUCUGUCUGACAACUAGUACUUUGUGGGUUGGAAAGCAUCCCAUUUGGUGGGCAGUAUGUGCACAAUUAAAGAUCAAACUGAGACUUGUGUUUGAAGGGUAACAGUGGCAUUCCAUCCUCACAUAAAGGGCAAAUAGUUGUCCUUUGCCUUAUUUUAAAGACCUUUCUCUCCCAAAUCAGGCCUAAUAUUAAGAUAGUUGUAAGUAGGAAAAAUAGGAAUUGUUUUCUUUCAAAUAUUAGAGGAAAAGAAAUACUGAGAUAAAAAGUUAAACGUGUUAUUUUAUGAAUUUUUAUAGAGAACAGAGGGAUAAGAAAUCCAUAUUUCAGGAUAGCAAAUAUUCAUUGUAAUUUCAUGAAAAUAUAUAAUCAACAAUUCCAAAGUGCUUUACAGAGAACUGUUGGCGAAUAUGUUCCUAAAGGGCACCAAUAUGCUGUGUUGAUAGCAGAGACAGAAAGCCAGUUGUGGAUCUGUGCUGGGAGGGGAAUCCCAAACAAAGUCAGAAACUUUGUUUCUCGACUCUCACCAGGCCAUGUUAACACUGUAAAACCAAACUGAAAAAAAAAAAAGUAGGACAGUAGCUUAGUCUGCUGCUAAAACUUUGUGCUUCCAAGAUUAUCAGCUAUAUAUAGUUUUUGCUUUCUGGACAAUAAUACAGUCCUUAGAACUAACCCUGACAUUUCUUUUAUUAGUCUGUUAUUCCUCAGGGUGUAGAAGAUUUAGUAAAUUUAGGACAAAAUUUUGUAUUCAGUGGCAAAAAAGAAAAGGCAAAAAUAUGCGAAUUAUAUUAUUAGCUCUUAAAAUUUUAGUACAGAUAGUAUUUUUUAUAAACCACUACUAGUGCAGUGGCUAGUAGAUGCUCUGUGACCGCCUUGUUUGUCUUACUGCUUCUGUCCCUGUGGCUCUAUUAUAAACAUUUUAUUACUGUGGAAGUUACUUCUGUAUUUUAUUUCCAUGUUUGGCAGAGGUGUGGAUGAUUGUAUUUUGCUUUAGUUGACAUCAUUUUCAAUUUUUAAAAAUAAUUAUUGAGGAAAAUGACUACCAUUGGUUUUCAGAUUGACAACUGUUUUUGCCUCCUGAGACUUGAGCUUCUCUGGAGUGUUUUCUGUGCAGAGGCCGUACAUAUUCAGCUCCUUGCAUAAUGCCCUGCAUGCUGUAGGAAUUUACUUAGUCAGAAUGGAUAAAGUUUCAAAAGGUAAAACUAGCUCAUCUCUGUCUUCUUAUCAUUAUCCACGUUCUCAACUUUGGGAGAAAUCUGACAUUUUGCAUAAAAUACAUAAUCAAGUUUGAAUGUACAAGGCAAAGAUAUACAAUUGUACAACAUUGCAAGUGAAAUUUACCAAUGAUUAUUACUCUCGUAUUUACUGAAAACGUUCCUAUGUAAGGUAGUUUUUAUUAUUAGACAAACCCCCUCCAGCAAAGUUGGAAACCUAAUACAAGUGCCCGUUUGCCUAAAUUAACCAGACAUUUGUGUAAAAUAUUAAUGUUAACUCUUUUGAACAGUAUUUCAGCUGUGACAUUCUGGCUUUUCUUCUGUACUUUUAGAGAAUUAGCCUUAAUUUAAUAUAUGGCAAUCACUUUCUGUAGAGUACUAUGCAGCAUACUUGAGAAUGUUUAUAAGGUAAUGGGUAACAAGUUUGAGGGUUUUUUUUUUUUAAUGUUAACAGGUUAUACAAUUUUAUACAUCCAUAUUUCAAACAGCAUUCUGUUACAAAUGCUCCUAUAUUUUCCUCCGUUACAAAUACCAUCCUGCAUUUGGAGCAGGUAUUUUUUCUUAUUGGUUACAGAAUGGUUGUAGACUGAGUGCAGUCAUAGUAGGUGCUCAAUAAAUACUUAGUUGAUAAUUGAUCUAACAAACUAACAGCUUUCAGAAAGGAGACUACUGUCAUCUUUUCACUGAGGAGUAAUAUAUGUGUGAAUUUAAAAAUUAUAUUUGACAUGAAUUAUUAGGCUUAUUUAGGUUGGAGUUAGUAACAUGUAAUAAAAAUAUUUAUGUAGAACAUGGUCUGAAGAUAGGAGAUGUGAAAAGUUUUUAAGUAGCUUCUUGUGCAGAGCACAUUAAUGAAUGUGUUAAAGGUCUUAAUAGGUGGCUGACUGAACUUGAGAGAAGUACUUUUGUCUUCCACAGUUGUUUUCUGUGUUAGUAUAUCUAGUACUGUUUGAGUUCUUUUUAUUCAUCCAUUAAAAAAAACUAAAUAUCAUAGUUCUUUUUCCUUGUCUUUAUAGUGGUGAUAAUAAGUUGUAUUAAGUGACUUAACUUGUUUUCUCAAAACAUCUUUGACACGAGAGAGCAGUUUUUAUGAAAGAUAUAGUAGCUUAAACAUCAGUUAAUUUGUGGCUUUCAGAGAAUUUUUGACAAGAGUUUACCUAAUAUAUACAAAUUAAACAGUUUUAACAAACACAAACAUUCCGACUUAAGCUGUGAGGAACAGAGUGUGGUGCAGAUGUGACUAGGCAUUGCCUCCUGGCAAGGUUCUUCAUGCGUGACUGCGACGCUGGCUGCUGACUGAGGUGACCACUGUUAGUAUUCUGUUUUGGUGUAUAUUGUUCCUAGGAGAAUAAGGGAAUGUGUACUAGAUCAAUUUACUGUUUUUGAGUUGGAAAAAAUAAAAGAUGAGGUAUUAUAAGUAUGCCAAAUAUUUAUUACAUUCUACUUCAAAAGAUAAAGAAUGGCAAGGGAGAAAAAGAUAAGAGGUCAGUAGUAAUUUUUUAAUUUGCUUCUAAUUUUUUUUAAACUCAAAGUUUCUUGAGCCACUAGUCCGUUGCUUAAUUUAACAUAGAAAGACUUUAAAUUUAAAGGACGAAUUCUCAGAUACUGUAUUCUACUAUUAGAAUUCACCAUGCCUAUUAAAAUUUUAUAUUGCUUGAAGAUUUAAGUUACAGUCAGUAUUGUUUUAAAGAUUUUCUUGUAGUUCAUGUUUAAAUGGACAAGUUACAUAUAUGAUCUGUGGUGUAAGGUCAGAUUCUGGGCUAAUUUUAAAGAUAAGCUUAGCUAACUUACUUUACUGAAGAUUGUAAUUGUCUUUACUCUGAUUGCACUGCUGUGUUUUUUUAACCUUUUCCUCCCCUUGCCCCCUGCAUAGUGAUUUGCAUUGAAAUUCUUUUACUUCUCAUCAUACACCGAUUAACAUUUUUUAAGGAUAAAAUAUUUUGUGAAUUUUUUUAACACUUAAAAUGUAUACCUUGCAGAGAUAUAAUAGUAAAUUUUACAGUGGCUUAUAUACAGAAUGUACUUACAAAGUUCUAGGAGUUAGUACCCUGGAAUGCUUAAAGUAUGAUGGUAAGUGGUAAGGCUAAUAUAAUGACUAUAGAUUAUCUACAUACACAGUAGUCAAUAGAAAUAUAAUGUAAAACAAAAUAAUUUUUAGGCUUGGCACCUGUAGCUCAGCGGUUAGGGCGCCAGCCACAUACACUGGGGCUGGCAGGUUCAAAGCCAGCCAGGGCCUGCCAAACAACAACGACAACUACAAUAACAAAAAAAAUAGCUGGGCAUUGUGGCGGGCACCUGUAGUCUCAGCCACUUGGGAGGCUGAGGCAAAAGAAUCACUUAAGCCUAAGAGUUUGAGGUUGCUGUGAGCUGUGACGCCACCGCACUCUACCAAGGGCGACAUAGUAAAACUCUGUCUCAAAAAAAGUAAUAUUUAAUUUUCUAGUAGCCACAUUAACAUCAAAAGAGAAACAGGUGAAAUUAGCUUUAAUGAUAUAUUUUAUUUAGCCCAGUAUAUUAAUAUCUUAAUGUGUAAUCAACAUAAAAAUUAUUAAUGAAACAUCUAACAUUCUUUCCCCAUACUAAGUCUUCACAAUUUAAUUGUAUUUUAUAAUCAGAGCAUAUUUUAAUUCUGACUGGCCACAUUUUAAGUGUUCAAUAGCCAAAUGUGGCUAAGGGCCAUUACACUGGACAAUACAGAUUCAUAGAGUAGAAAGUAUGACUUUAUUUUAAAUCCAGAGUUGGUGACGUAGGCAUGAAAUUAUGGUACUUUAAAAAUUAUUUAGAAUAUUUAUAAAAGCAUUGAGGACAAUUAUCCACUUAAUUUCUUUUGUCUUGUUUUUAAAUAUGGUCUAGAGAUAGAAUAAACCUAUUCCAAUUUGCCAAGCAUUAUUUAAGGAGGAAGAAAUUCUUACCAUGUGAAAUACUAUGAUAAUGAUGAUCGCAACAACACAUCAUUAGCAACAAAUUUUUCAUUGUGUUCAGUAAAUUCUGUCCUGUUUUUUCAAAAUGAUAGCUUAAAUUGCAUGUUAAUUGUAUCUCUUACCUAUUUUCUUUUAUAUUAUUCUUAUAAUAUAAUAAUGUAUAUUAACAAACAGCCCUAGGAUUCUAAUCUUCCUAUGCAGAUGUCUUCCAGUACUUACUGGUACUUACUAAAUUGUGAUAAGUGGCAGAAAAGUAGAAUGAAACGUUCUUCUUUCCAUUAGAUUUGUUUUUAUCACGUGACCAUGUACCAAGCCAGCUAUAAAUUAUUGUAUUAAUGUAGAAUAUGGGAAAUAGCGUCUGUCUUAUCUUUGCUAAAUGUUUGCAAUUUAUAAGUAAACUUUUCAUCUCCUAAAA